AUGACCGCUGUGUCGCUCCAACAGACGUCACCCGCUCCGCAUCUGCUCCCCAGCCAUACCCGCACCCGCUUCGCCGCCGCGAGCUCCUCCGCCAACGCCAGGCCAUCGCCGACCCACGUCCACCACGACAACCACGCGCUUUCCCGCCACGAUAAUCUGCCUGCGCCGGCAGCGACAGCGACAGCAACGCUCCGUGACCCUCCGCCCGCGAUGGCGCUGAGAUCCGAAUUUAACGGCACCUCUGCGCCCACCGCCGACUCCAAUGGAGUCGCCUCUAGAGCGCAACCGGUGCUGAAUGGUCGCCCAGCUCCCAACCAACUUCCAAGAUCUGAUGACGAUGAUGAUGACCAACGACCCUCAAGCGCGCCCGGUCGACGCAACGGAAACGCGGUUCUCGAAACACGAGAUGACAUUGAGCAUCACCAGCAGAAGCGGCCUGUGAAGCCAUUGCUACUCCGGUCAAAAACCGACUACGCGCGGCCCAUGGACGAGCCAGAGAUCGUGAAGGACGAUAUACCCGAAUGGGGGGCUAGGCACGGCUUUGAGGAUCACUACCAGUCCGAGGACAUAAUAUCAGACCUGGCUAAUAAUUGGUACAUGUACUUCACCGAUAAACGACACGAGACGACAGGCAAACCCAAGCCGCUUCAGUAUGAACUUCAAGACUGGCGACAGAGAGACAGACUAAAGACAGUCUCUGCGGCCCUCGCAGUGUGUUUGAACAUCGGAGUCGAACCACCUGACCAGCUCAAGACGAAUCCAGGCGCGAAGCUCGAAGCCUGGACGGACCCGACGAUCCCGCCCAUCCAGAAAGCUCUCGAGAACAUCGGCAAAGCACUACAGGCGCAGUAUGAGACCUUGGCGAUUAGAGCCCGCUACAAGCAGUAUCUGGAUCCUUCGGUUGAAGAAACGAAAAAGUUCUGCAUCUCCUUGCGUAGAAACGCCAAGGAUGAACGUGUUUUGCUUCACUACAACGGCCACGGCGUGCCCAAGCCGACCGCAUCAGGCGAAAUAUGGGUGUUCAACAAAAACUACACCCAGUACAUCCCCGUCUCGUUGUACGAUUUGCAACACUGGCUGCAGGCCCCCACCAUCUUCGUCUGGGACUGCUCCGAGGCCGGCAACAUCCUCAACAACUAUCAUAGAUUCGUCGAAAAGCACGAGGAGGAGGAGGAGGAAGCUGCCGAGCGUGACCCCAACUACACAAAGACGAACUUCCGACCAUACAUCCACCUGGCCGCAUGUGCCGUCAAGGAAAACCUUCCGACGAAUCCUCUCUUGCCGGCUGACCUCUUCACGGCUUGCCUCACCACACCCAUUGAGAUGGCACUCUGGUUCUUUGUCCUUCAGAACCCACUCAAGACCAACCUCAGCCCAGACCGAGCCAAGAAGCUCCCUGGCCGCCUGCAGGAACGACGUACACCAUUGGGCGAGCUGAACUGGAUCUUCACGGCCAUUACUGACAGCAUCGCGUGGACAACCCUUCCUCGCGACCUCUUCCGCAAGUUCUUCCGCCAGGAUCUGAUGGUGGCAGCUCUAUUCCGCAACUUCUUGCUCGCUCAGCGCGUUAUGACUGUGUACGGUUGUCACCCGCAGUCGUACCCUCAGCUUCCAGACACUCACCAGCACCCGCUCUGGGAGACCUGGGAUCUGGCUGUCGACAUGGCUCUGGCUCAGCUCCCCAUGCUGGAGAAGAAGGAGAGCGAGGGUCUCGAUUACGAGUACCAGAAUUCGACAUUUUUCACAGAGCAGCUCACUGCUUUUGAUGUCUACCUGACGAGAGGCGAUGCUAUGGCCCAGAAAUCGCCUGACCAGCUACCCGUCGUUCUCCAAGUACUGCUUAGCCAGCAGCAUCGAGUUCGCGCACUCAUUCUACUUGGCCGGUUCCUUGAUCUGGGCCCCUGGUCGGUACAGCUCGCUCUGAGUAUCGGCAUCUUCCCCUAUGUCCUGAAGCUUUUGCAGUCUGCGGCUGCCGAGCUCAAGCCAGUGAUGGUCUUCAUCUGGGCGCGACUCAUCGCAGUAGAUAUAUCAUGCCAGCAAGACCUGAUUAAGGAUAGCGGCUACAGCUACUUUGCCCAGAUUCUCAAGCCCUCUGAGGGCCUGCCAGUUGUCGAUAGCGACGAGCACAAGGCCAUGUGCGCCUUCAUCCUGGCCAUGCUCUGCAAGGACUACAAGAACGGCCAGAUGGUUUGCAACCAGACAGACAUCAUGACCUACUGCUUGACACAUCUGCAGAACGAGGAGAACCCACUUCUGAGACAAUGGGCAUGCCUGUGCAUAAGCCAGCUAUGGCAGGAUCUCCCCGAGGCCAAAUGGCGCGGAAUCAGGGAGAACGCCUACGUCAAGUUGGCCUAUCUCACAAAGGACCCCUGCUGUGAGGUUAGAGCUGCUAUGGUUCACGCCAUGACUACUUUCCUGGGCAUCCCUGACCUCACGGAUGAAGUGGCUCGCAUCGAGGAGUCCAUCGCGUGGACGAUCCUCGACAUGGGCAACGACGGAAGCCCGAUGGUCCGGAAAGAGUUCGUCGUCUUCCUCUCGCAUUUCGCUGUCAGAUUUGAGAGCAAAUUCUUGGUUGCAGCCUAUGAGCAACUGGUAGAGGAGAAGGAGUAUCUCAUGUUCCCUCCUCGGGAUGAUGGCCAGGAGCACAAGAUGGGCCUCCACUAUGCCAGGCCUGACCACCGUAACCAGGAUGGAACGAUAAAGUCGACCUCCCAGGGCUUGUCUCACAACACUGUCUACAUGGCGCUAUGGAAACUGGCGCUGGUCCUCAGCGUGGAUCCUCAUCCGGAAGUGCAACGAGAGGCGACCAUCGUGGUCGACUUCAUCCACCAUGCCCUCCUCAACUCGAGUGUUGGCGCCCCAGCACAGCUAGUCAUGGCUGAGAUCCAGAAGCGUGCUUCGAGGUUGGCACACCGUCACACGCCCAGCGCCAGUCAACGGACCAGCGCCGCGGGCCCUCAAGUUACGCAACCACUGCCUUCCCCUGGACUGCUCCGUAGGACUGCCAGUCUCCUAUUCCCUUCGUUGAUGAACACCGAGGACAGGUCAAGACCAUCGACACCGACAACACCAACUCCACCGCUUCCUCGAUCACCCUCGCUGAAGCUCUCGCAUAGCCCCAUGCCACCUGAGCAGAAUGAUCAAUCAUCGUCAUUUGCACAAUAUCAUCUCGCUCCUGAACCCUACUCCGGUGCUUACCAGAGCCGAAACUUGGCAAAGCCCCCAACCCUUCCGCUCAAGAGCAGGUUCUUGGAAUGGUCGAUCGAGUACUUCCGUGAGCCACAAAUGAAGCCAAGUGAGGCGGACGAGCCCGGAAGCACCGAGUACAACGAGCGUCUCUGGCGAAGAGCUCGCAACGAGGCAAUCUUCCGAGAAACUCAGCCAUUAAAACAACAAGCCGGAAGUCACAAGUGGAACAACCAGCUCGGUAUCGUUAACAACGGUGCUCAGCCCGCCAAGAUGACCUUCCACCAGUUUGAGGACCACCUUGCUGUAGCCGACGAAGGCAAUACUGUCUAUGUGUGGGACUGGAAGAAACAGGGCCGCUUGAGUCGAUUCAGCAACGGAAACCCGGAAGGGUCCAGGAUCAGCGACAUGAAGUUCAUCAACGAAGACGACCAGGCGAUGCUUCUGACGGGCUCAUCGGACGGUGUGAUCCGGGUAUACCGCAACUACGAGUCCGACAGAGAGAUUGAGCUUGCGUCGUCGUGGCGCGCCCUGACACACAUGGUCCCCAGCAACGUCAAUUCGGGCAUGGUGUUUGACUGGCAGCAGGUGACGGGCCGAGUCCUUGUCGCUGGUGAUGUCCGAGUGAUUCGAGUCUGGUAUGCGGCGUACGAGACCUGUAUCAUGGACAUCCCAGCGCGGUCCGGAUCGUGCGUAACCUCAUUGACUUCGGAUCAGAUGACGGGGCACAUGUUCGUUGCCGGCUUCGGAGAUGGAGCUGUACGAGUGUUUGAUACCAGAAAUCGACCUCAAGAGUCUAUGGUGCGCAAGUGGAAGGAUGAGUCAGAUCGGCAAUGGAUUAAGAGCGUCCAUAUGCAGCGCGGAGGGCAACGGGAGCUCCUGAGCGCGAGCCGAAACGGCAAGGUCAAGGUGUGGGAUAUCCGCAUGGACAAGCCUCUGCACUCCUUCCAGACAACACGAGAUACUCUUCGGACCGCGACCACGCAUGAACACCUACCGGUCUUUGCUGUGGGAACGUCAGCCCACGCGGUCAAGGUCUUCAACCUCGACGGCCAUGAGCUCUCCAACGUUGAGCCAUACUCAAGCUUCCUGCAGCAGAGCCGAAGCUCGCCCAUCUCGGCGACGGCAUUCCACCCCCACCGACCCAUCCUGGGGUGCGCCGCUAAGGGCGACCACCACAUCAACCUGUUCACCUGCGAGAAGUCUGAGCCGCUGUCCCUGGGCUAG